AUCAUUUGGAAUUUUGAUCAUUUUAUCCAUCCGACAAAUAUCUAUUUUGGAAGUCUCCAGAAAACCCUAAAUGUGAAUAUAAGUCUCGCUCAAAACCCUUUGAUUCUUUCAGUUCUAAAACCCUAGUCGCUGCAAAUUUAACAGUGGUCUGAAGUGUUCAAGUCAUGGCAAUCAUGGCUUCUCGCCUUCAACGUGCGGUUUCACUUGCAAGGGUCUUUUCCACUGCUUCAUCAGCCUUUACGACACACUCAUCUUCGCCUGCUUUAGUGGAAAAAAUAGCAGGGUCUACACUUUUUUAUCGAUCAUCUGUGCUGCCAUUUCGUUUCCAGGGUUCUCGUUUCUUCAGUAAUUUGGACUUCGGAUCGCUCGACGAAAGCAAUUCAUUCACUACUAUUACACCUGACGGAAAGAAACGCAGCACACUGUUUGAAGGAACUGAUUAUAAUCAUUGGCUCGUCACUAUGGAGUUUCCCGACCCCCAGCCUACCAAAGAAGAAAAGAUAGCUUGCUUUGAAAAAACUCUCGCUAAUGUCGUUGGCAGUUUGGAGGAGGCAAAAAAACGAAUAUAUAUCAUAUGUACAACGGUUUACACUGGAUUUAAGUGUGAAAUGUCGGAAGAGCUUGCACAAGUAAUGGAAAAACAAUCUGGAGUUACUUGGGUGCUGCCAGAUUCAUACGCCGAUCCCAAAACGAAAACAUACGGUGGAACUGGAGAUCGAUACAACAUGGGGGUGCUUACACCAGAUCCAAAUGCCCAUACGUACAAUAGGCCAAGUGGAAGGUAUAAUGAUAGACCAAUGAACCGAAGAAGGGAUUCAUUGCCCUUGGAACGUAAUAGAAAUGUCCCAGGGUACAGCUCGCCACCAAGGCAAGAUUAUGGAAGAGGACAAGAUUACAGCCCUCCACCAAGGCAGGAUUAUGGAAGAGGUCCAAUGCCAACUUCAGAUAGAGGACCAAUGCCGGGCCAGCAGGAUAAUGUGACGGGGACACAAGGAAGAGAUCCGGUUCAAGGAAAUAACUGAUUCACGAGAUGAUUCAGGAUAUCCUUCAAGGAGAAGGCAAGUUUUGGAAAUCAGGGUUACUAUGAAAGAGAUCGUUUAAGGGAAAUCACCGAUUCAUGAGAUUAUUCAGGAGAUCCUCUGAAGUCUUAAGUUUUGGAUAACACAAUUUAAUUUCUAUUCCAAUUAGAAAUUUGUGUUCAAGUCCAUGGGAACUGUUUCGAGUAAAAAGGUGUUGAUGGUUACAUUAGAUUUAGUUGUGUCAUUAUGUUGGGGAGUAAAAUUUUAUCUAUUUGUCGACUUGAACAUUUUACACUAGAAUUAGGAGCUGCUUUUUUUUGGUUUGUUUAAUAUGGACUCAAGGUUAUAACGUUUUAUGAUGUAAAUUGUUAAGAACUAAUGAUGUAUUUCCAAUUUUUUUUUAA